UCAUCUGCUGCCUCUGGGGCUCCUCUUUUGCAUGAAGGUGUAAAGGUAGAUUUUCCUCUUUUCUCCCUCAAACUGAAGAGCACAUAUGUAAAUCCUUGUUUUUCCUUGUGAGGCAGGGGAGGCCAUAGCCACAAUGCUUCACUGCAUGCAUCUAACCCGGGGCUGGUUUUAACCCUGGCGCUCUGACCUAAGCUGCUCAGCUCCCGGAAAUUCCAAGGAACCCGGUGGCCUUAGUCCUUCAGGUGGAACAGCGUGAGACAUGGGAAAGAAAACCAAGCGGACAGCUGACAGUUCUUCUUCAGAGGAUGAGGAGGAGUACGUCGUGGAGAAGGUGCUAGACAGGCGUGUGGUUAAGGGGCAAGUGGAGUAUCUACUGAAGUGGAAAGGCUUUUCCGAGGAGCACAAUACUUGGGAACCCGAGAAAAACUUGGAUUGCCCUGAGCUAAUUUCUGAGUUUAUGAAAAAGUAUAAGAAGAUGAAGGAGGGUGAAAAUAACAAACCCAGGGAGAAGUCAGAAGGUAACAAGAGGAAAUCCAAUUUCUCAAACAGUGCUGAUGAUAUCAAAUCCAAAAAAAAGAGAGAGCAGAGCAAUGAUAUCGCUCGGGGCUUUGAGAGAGGAUUGGAACCAGAAAAGAUCAUUGGGGCGACAGAUUCCUGUGGCGAUUUAAUGUUCCUAAUGAAAUGGAAAGACACAGAUGAAGCAGACCUGGUUCUUGCAAAAGAAGCUAAUGUUAAAUGUCCACAAAUUGUGAUAGCAUUUUAUGAAGAGAGACUGACGUGGCAUGCAUAUCCUGAGGAUGCGGAAAACAAAGAGAAAGAAACAGCAAAGAGCUAAAGGAGGGGGUGGUCUCUGCCAUUUCUCUUUGUACAUAAUACAUUCACCUCCCUGCCUCCUCUCCCUCUACCCACCCCCUUCUAUCCUAAACACAUCCAUAAAAAAUGUGCUUAUCACUGUGCUCCACAGGAGAAAUGUCGGUAUUGGUUCUCUUGUAACAUAACUGACGGUCUGAUUCAUGAUAGGUGUCUCUCUGUGAAGACCAGGCAUUUACAUACUGUGUGUAAUUCUCACCAGUUUUUCCUUUGCCCUGCUCUCUUCCUUCUGCUCCCCUGUGACCUCAAGAUGAGUUAUAACUUUUUAAUCACCUUAGAGUCUUGAUCUUUUCAGGGUUGGUCGCUUUUUAGUGGGGGAUUUUGCUAUAAUGAUGAUGAAUUUUGGUUUCUUUCUUUGGCUGUUGGAACAUGUUGAUGACCAGCUAGGCUUUGUUUUGAGAUGUUGGGUUGGAAAAGAUGUUGCCCAUCUUUUUAAAAAGCCAGUAGCAACUGCCUACGUGUUGGGGCUUCCCCAGCCUCAUUCAGCUGUACCCAGGAGAAUACAGGGUUCCUCGUGUGGUCUUCUGGGCCACCCUCUGUUGUUCAUCCUCACCCAUCCUCCCAGAAUAGCUCCAUCCUUUGGAGGGCUUGAAAUUUUACAUUCAGAUUUGUCAAGGCACUCCUUUUAGCCCCAGGACUUUUGGCCUUGUCUCUCAGCGAUCCCUGAUUCUGCUUCUGCAAGUUGGUGUAGGCUGUCAUAAAAUGACAAGAUUAUUGACUGUGGAGACUUGUAGCUAUUAGUACAUGAGGAUGACAGGGUAGGGUACAAUUGUCUUUAUGAUCACAUAUGGUAUAUAUGUAUUAUUUCCUUCCAUCCCUCCCAUUUGGAUUAUCUAUUUAUGUAGGUGUGAGUGACUGCCUGGUGCUUGCUUGUGCCAAGGUGCUAGGCACCCUCCAGCCCUGCCAACUUUUGUGGCCUCCCAAAGCAUUCCUGUUACCAAAGAGGCUUCAAACCUGACCCUCACUUCUCAGUGGACCCAAGUUUCCCUCCAUGCCAUUAUUUUCAGUGGGGAAUUCUUAGAGGGGAGCCAUUGGCCACAGUAUCAAUUUUAAGUAUUCAUAGUGUUUAUAAUCAUAAAUGUCCUGCUUUGAUGACUCCUGGAUUUGCCACCAAGAGUCCCCAAAGUAUUAACGCUCUUCCCUUUCUCCACCCUCAAACUCUUAGUUGUAUCUUUUUUUUUUUUUAAAUGCAUUUCCAUGGAAGACUAUCAACCUCAGAGAGUGACAGGCCCCGGCAGUAGCAUGUUGACACGACCUCUUCCUACUCAGCAAAAUACUUCCCUUUUGGCUUCUUCCUGCUUUACCAUUAUAUUGAGAGAUUAUUUUUCUGAUUAUAUCCUCUGCCUUUGUUCCCCAAGAAACACCCUGCUUCUCGUUACCCUUUUUUUCUUGUAGUUGAAGGGGGCUAGAGAAUCAAGACUAAAAGUAAAGAAAUAGCAGGGUUUUGAGCAUCCUUGUCCCAGCCCAAAGCUGAGGAGAUAAGAAUAAAUGCUUGAAAUAGCCUUAACUCUGGAGUUCACCAGCCAUUGAGGUUUUUGUGGUUGCUUUUGAUUUUUAAAACGUACAUAGCUGUCUGGCCAGGAGCAUUCAACCAUUUCUAGAUUAUUCAGAGUAACGAGGGGAAUGGAGAGAUUGCUCCAGUCCACAGAUGAGCCGAAUAAUAUGCAAAUCAUAUACCCAUUCAUAGCAUUUGUUAACAUUGCUUCCCUGCUCAGCUGCUGAUUGAAUUCUGUGUGGUUGUAUAAAUUAUGUCAAAAAUUAUACUGCACGGUUGAGAAGACAGCUGUUGCUGCAGUGACAUGACAGACUGGAACAAUGAAGCUUUUGGUUUCAGCCAUCCAGGAAAAUCCUUCUGAAUGGUAAUGUGAUUGGGUGAGAACGCAUAACCCAUACCUCAGGUGGGUAGGGGUUUCAUCUCCAUCUUCCUUAACUCUGAAGGAAUUAAAGGCCUAGGUCAAGUGCUGGAUAGUUGACAGUUGUUAGUACUUAAUCUGAUGGGCAUCUGAAAGAAAGGAUAGUCAGAAAGGAGAUUUUUCAUACAAGUAACUAGGGAUAUCAAUUAGGGUAUACCAGAAUAGGACAGAAAUAGUCCAGAGCCACUGAGGAGGUAAUCCGGGUCUCUUAAGUUGGCAGGUGGAGAAACUGACAGCUUAUCCAUGUAGCCAGAGUGUGUCUCCCAGGAGCAGUGGGUAUGUAAGCAAAGUACAGUGACCAUAUUUUUAGAGCCCAAAUCUAGCCUGUGGACAAAGAACACAACCGAAUUAUUUGGUACUAAGACUGGUCUUGAGAAACGUGGGACACAUAGUUGCCAGGGUUGUAGGUAAUACGUAAGGCAUUCAUCAAAAUCAGAUUUCUUUUAACAAAAACCCCCAGUAUCGUCUACUACUCAUCACCCCUUUAAUACUUCAGUCUUCGCUCCAUUCAUCUUUUUCUGUCCACAGUUUACUGAAUCAUGGUCUUGUACUGAGUGCUGCCCAAACAACUUGUUCUCUCCCUGCCUACCCACUGCUACUUCUGUAGGAACAGAAGGAGCCAAAGGCCAAUACUGAUCUCAGCCCUCAGCAGAAAGGAGACGGAUGCUUGCCUGUUCUUCUGGCAUUUGUUAGUGCUGAGUAGCUGUCCAGGCCCUUGGAGGAUUGCAGCCUCAAAGAGAAACCUGCUUUCAUGGGGCUUUCUCCUCUCAGAAGAGUCAGUGGCCCUGGGCUAAGCGCUCUUAAACAUCUAGGUCUCAGGUGCUCAAAGUAUAUUUUUCUUAUGUUAAGUCCUCUUUCAAAACAUCUUUCUAAUGCUGAAUUUUUUCUUGAAAUCAGCAUUCAAGGAUUUCUCUUUCCAGAGAAUGUAGCAGAGCUUUGACCAGCAGAGUCUACCAAGGUCAGCAUAGCUGCUUUUCUGAGCCCUGGGCUGGGCGGAUCCCCUCACAUUAAGAUCAGCUGUUAGAGAACGUCAGCCCUGAUGGAAGCACCCAUUUUUAACCUGGAGAGAGCCGUAUCAUUUUUCCUCCUACAGUCCGGUUUUCAUCUGCUCAAAGGAGCAUUUGGACCUGUGGUGUUCCUUAAUGCUCGAAAGUCUAUGGUCCUCGGCUGGCCCCCAGCCGUAUAUCCGUACUACUUUUUUUUGUUGAAGAAAAGUUGGUCUUUUUCCUGUAGUUCCUGCAGUUUUAGAUUCUUCUUAACUCUUCGUACUUGUGCUGUAGCCUCCCUGCAAUCCAAUUUCCUUAUCUUUAGGCCAAAUCCUUUGGCCUCAGGGAAGGUGCCUGUGAUUUUCAUCUUGUGGUUUUGUCUGAUCUGUGUGUAGCCCAGCUUACCUAAGGUACAGUGAGGGAUCCGUGUUUGGGCUGGGGAGUGAUUGUUUUUGCCUUUAGGGUUCAAAUUUGAGGGCCUAAAAUAAGUUCGCAGUGACCUGAGAACUUCAGGAAGGGUUAUAUCAUUAGAUUUGAAAUGUGGAAAUGGUUUCUCACGAAUUAGGUCAAAGGAAAAGCUCAUUUUGCACCCAUGGCUCCAUCCUUUUGGUUUAGGUUUUUAGAGUGUUGAGAUCUGUACCUUUGUAAUUAGACCACCAAGCAAGCAUACCUGUGUCAGGUCAGAGAGAGGAAAGGUCUGGACCCAGUGUAUUUGUUUCAUUUUGGCUUUACCACUAAUCAUAAAAGUUUUCAAAAAUAGAGAUGUUACCAGCCUUGCCCCCAAGAGCACAUGCUCGGAAUUGCCUGCCCCCCAACUAAUCAUGGUGGAUUUCUAUUGAGCCAUCCACAUUCCGGCCACCUUACUGUACAUCAACAUGCGUUUCAUUCAACGGACGUUUUUUGGCCCUGGGGAUACCAAGUUCAAACAGAUGCAGUCCCUGACCGCAAAGAAUCUUCAUACAGGUGUGGGAUGAACUACUACCAGUUCAUUGUAGUAAAUGCUACAAAUGGGCACACAUUUUAUAUUUGAGGGCAGAGACAACUGACUGGUUGGUAUAGUUUGUGGCCCUAAAGUAGGAGGGUGACAACAGGUUCGUGUGUAGAAAAGACGUGAUCUUGGGUGAAUUGAACUAACUGGCCAUAGAUGGACCACAACAAAGGGUUGUUUUAUUCCAGAAAAUAAAGAUAACAGGUUUGGUUAGAAAUGCUACUACAAGAGAAAGGUGAGUGGAGGUUGAGAACCCCUGGCUUCAGUCCCUAUUUGAGGCUCUUUGCCAAAGUAUUUAAAGGUAGUUAAUCCUUGCUUGUGGAAGGUAUUAACUAUGUUGCAGAUCCAGUUACGUGUUGUUGCUGUAUUGUGGGUUCUGUAAAAUGUAUUCCUUAUGGAUACUUCAUCAGUGUUGCUCACACCUUUUUCAGUUUCUCAUCCCUUUUGAAGGAAUUAACAUGAGGCUGGCUUGAAGCCUAAAACAGGGACAUGCUUUCCAAUGACAGAAGAUUUGCCAAGAAGAAAAAAAAAAAGGCUUGGGGCACAUCUGGUAACACCUGGGCAUCUAUUCUGGGCAGUGUAGUUUUAUUUAACACCUCAAGAUGGGGAUUUCUAAGCAGAGACUUGUGGCACUUAUGUGGAAACCUCUCCCAGAAAUACACAUGACCCAGAGUUUCGGAUUUAAUCAGCCUAGGGAGGUCCAGGGUGAGGCCUGUGAAGAAACAGUCUGGCCUUAAGAAAUGUCCUAGUUCUGACCAUGUGAUCACAGGAAAAAUGCUACUUUGCCUGCAUAAUUGAGAGUUGGAUAAUUGAAAGUUGACUCAAGUGUGAAGGUUCCUUGGAUAGCUUCAUAAAAAUUCUAGUUUCUUUUUGCUUGCGCUGAAUUUCUUGGAUUUUAAACUACCUCAUCUCGUCUUUUUAGAGUUACUUCAGGCUUGUCGUUGCCACUUUAACAUCAUGCUUGACUGUGGUGGUUUUCUAAGAUGGAAUGUUUCCUAUUCGUUGAGAGCGUGUUUUCUUGCUUUUUAUCCUGGUCCUCAUUUCACCUAACAUCAUCACAUGUUGCUCCUCUGUCAGAGAAAUAUUUUAAGAUAGUUUAAAAUCUUGGUUCAUGGGAAGAAAGAGACCCUCCAAUGCUAUAUUUGUCUCUGAGGUCAGUGAGAGAAGGAGUUAAAACAAGGUGGUGGGGGAAGGGACAGAACCUGCACUGGAGGCAGCCGACAGGGGAAGAACCAUUAAUUAAAACAAUUUCAAAGUCAACUGAUUGUGAUCAUUAAUGUCACAAUAGAUCAAAACCUAAUUAUCACUGCCUAGGUAAGAGCCAUCAGUAUUAAUCAGAAAAUCUAAUAGGAAACUAUUAUCAAGAAAUUAGGCCAAAUUGAAUGCAAUGAAGUUCUUGCCAUUCUCUCUCCUCUCCUUUUUUUCUUUUUUCUUUUUUUUUAAUUUGGCGAUGUCCCCUGGCAUUGGCAGGUGUGACCCUCACAGUUGACCCAGGCCCCAGUGGCCAGUUUGUCAUGAUUUCUGAGAAAUUCCAACACAGACUGAACCUGAACUGUCACUGCUGCUUUAAUCAGUCUUGAACUUUCUCAUCACCUGGUCUCACCCAAUGUGAUCAGCCAUCAAUGAAAAAAGGUUUAUAUUUAGGUCUUGGAACGGUUGGUCCUUCCUGGAACUAGAGCAUCCCUGGUGAACAUUAUACUGUGUGUGUUGAUUAAUCAUUCUUCGAGCUCCUGAGGUACGUAGGGUCCUGUUGCUCUGGCUACUGCAAGUAGGUAUGGAGGAAAGGAGGGGCUUCCUGCCUGGAGAUCCUUCCAGAAGACCUUAGAAGAUAGAGUUUCAUCAUGUCACGGCCCUUUUAAGGCUCGAGUCACUGUUUUGCAGUUUCCAGGAGCUUUAGGAUUUGAUUCUAAACCAGGACUGUCUGUGGUUUUAAGUUUUUUUCCCCUUCGUUUUAGGGUAAGGGUCAUAGUGAUUUCUCCCAGAACCCAGUGUAAAUCCAAAGGAGGGGGGAACAUGUUUUUUCUUUUGCCUUUCUUUUGUUAAAGAUUUAUGCCUCUGGCAGGAGGUAAGAAUAUGACAAGUGUCUUCUGACUAGUUAUAGAGAUCACUUUAUACCCUCUCCCUGAAUGGAAGAAUAAGUGUCACCAUCUACAUUCUUAACUGUUUUUGAAGAUACUGCAAUUCCUGAGGUUGAGCUGAGGCAGAAAGAUUGGAAAGAUGCUGGCCCUGGGUAUUGUGGGGAGGGAUGAGUAGCAGCAGGGGGUGUUCGGUGGUGCUAGGGUUCCUAGCUUAGCCUGUAGAGAAUGUUGCUGCUGCCACCGCAGUGGCUGGCCUUUCCCCACCAACCUUGGAGCUCAGAGCACUACCCAGACCACCUCUGAGGAAGUUGUUCUUAGCUUUCUGCUUGAGUGUGGUCUUGCUUCACUCUGAAUUUUAGGAAUUUGGGUUACUCGGUAUAGAACUUUGAGAAAUUGGUGUGACUUAGUCCUUCACCUCUUAAGGUAAAGUGAGUAUUUCUUUACAAAAGAAUUCAUGCCCUGGGCUUCCCUGGUGGCGCAGUGGUUGGGAGUCUGCCUGCCGAUGCAGGGGACGCGGGUUCGUGCCCCGGCCCGGGAGGAUCCCACAUGCCGCGGAGCAGCUGGGCCCGUGAGCCAUGGCUGCUGAGCCUGCGCGUCUGGAGCUUGUGCUCUGCGACGGGAGGGGCCGCAGCAGUGAGAGGCCCGCGUACCACAAAAAAAAAAAAAAAAAGAA